CAUUACUUUACAGUAUGUUAAUAAUUGUGAUGCCCAAUAAGAGGUCGUAUAAUAAUCUGAGAUAGACAAUAGCAUCGACGGUAAACAAACGCACGUUUGACUCGAUUUUUUCCACAUAUCAUUAAAGGACAGAACUGCAAGCAAGAGCAAUGGAUGAAGUUCUAGGAGACAAAAGAUUUGCCCAUGUUGCAAAAGACCCAAGGUUUAGGAAGGUCCCUUUGAAAGAGAGGAAAGUGAAAAUAGACCAGAGAUUUAAGCACAUGUUUAAAGAUAAAACAUUCAAAAUGAAGUACUCUGUGGACAAGCGAGGAAGACCUGUGAACUUGACAACAAAUGAAAACCUGAAGAAGUACUAUGAGUUGUCUGAUGAUUCAACAAGUGAGGAGGGAGAAGACUGGGAAGAUGAAGCAGCUGAAAAGGCUAAAAAGGAAUCUAGACAAAGAGAUGAAAAGAAAAAGAAAGAUGAGAAAAGGAAAGGAAAAGAAAAACAGGUGAAGAAGAGAGGGGAGAAGAAGGUACAAGUUGUGAAUGAUUCAGAGAGCUCUUCAGAUUCAGAUGAUGGUGGUGUAAAUGAUAGUGGUAUUGACUUUGCCCGCGGUGUGGGUAAUGUUGACAGCAGCAGUGGAUCCAGUGACAACAGCAGCAAUGAAGAUGAGGAAGAGGAGGAAAAGGAAGCAGCAGAUCUUGACCAUCGGUGGGGAGAGCGUGAUGAGAAUGUGGAAGACGUGGAUGUUGCAACACAACGUCUCGCUGUCUGCAAUAUGGACUGGGACCGUAUCAAGGCUUGCGAUAUCUAUGUCCUGCUCAACUCCUUUGCACCACAGACUGGAAUUAUAAAGUCAGUCAAGAUCUACCCAUCAGAGUUUGGUAAGGAGCGAAUGUCGGAGGAAGAAAGACAGGGCCCGCGGGAACUCACUGAAGUCAAACUGGAUGAACACGAAGGGGAUGAGGCGGAUGCUGAUGCUGAGGAUGAGGAAGGCACAGGGUACCACAUGGAGAAGCUCCGUGAGUACCAGCUGAAGCGAUUGCGGUACUUCUAUGCUGUGGUAGAGUGUGAUAGCAUGAACACGUCUGACCACAUCUACAAGGAGUGUGACAAAAUGGAAUACGAGACAUCCUCAACUAAACUUGACCUCAGGUUUAUCCCGGAUGACAUGGUAUUUGCUGAAGAUGAAGUGACUUCAUCCUGUAUGGAUGCUCCAGCAGGGUACAAACCACAGUUCUUCCUCAACACUGCUCUCUCUCAAUCAAAGGUUGACCUGACAUGGGAUGAGACAGACCGUGAUCGCAUAGCCAUGACAAUCAAGCAGUUUUCUGGCACUGGGGAGGAAAUUCCAGAUGAUGAUCUGCAGGCGUACCUAGCCUCCAGCUCUGACGAGGAUGCAGCGGAGUAUGAGUCCAGCAUUGUCGAAGGUUCAGAGAGUAACAGUGAGGACGAGGGUGAGGAAAAACUGAUUAACAAGUACCGGGCCCUGCUGCAGGGGCCAGAAAACAGACCGGGGGACAAGUCACAGGAGGACGUACAAAUGGAGAUCACCUGGGAACCAGGCCUGAAGGAGACAACAGAGAGCCUUGUAAAGAAGAAAGUAAAGGCAAAGGAUUCAACAGUCUGGGGCGAGUACCUUGAUCAGAGGAAAGACAAGAAGAAGAACAAGAUGGAGGAGAGGAAGCGGAAAAAACAGGGUGAAGAGGAGGAGGCAUCAAAAAGUGGUGAUGAUGAUUCAGCAGACGGGGAGGAGAAGCAGAAAGAAGAGGGUGGUGCAGCAUUUAGUGACGAUGAGCUGCCUGGUGGUGCUGGUUUAAACUAUCCUUUCUUCUCCAAGUUGAGAGAAGAAAAGGAGAAAACCUGUAAGAAAGACAAAAAGAAGAAAAAAGCUCUUAAUAGGAAAGCAGAUGACAGUAAGGAGAAGGCAGAAUUGUCUCUCCUGAUGCUUAAUGAGGUGGAGGAGAGAAAGAAACAUUUCAACUACGUGGAUAUGAUUGAGGAGAAUGCUGAGAGAAAUGUGAAAAGGAGGGGCAAGAAAAAGAAGAGAGACAAGGCACAGAAAGCUAGCAGCAAACAGGUGGAUGGGGAGUUUCAGGUUAAUGUGAAUGACCCUCGUUUCAAUGCCAUGUACCAGUCUCAUCUUUUCAACCUUGAUCCGUCGGCUCCAGAGUUUCGUAAAACCAAGGGGACUGAUGCAAUUAUCACUGAAAAACUGAAACGCAGUGAAAAUCAACUGAAAAAGAAGAAACAUUUUGAUCAGACAGGCAAUAACGAGCCGGCAAUGAAGAAAAGGAAGAAAGAAGAAAAGAAGUCUUAUAAUGACCACAGUUUAGCAAACCUUGUUAAAUCUGUGAAAGCAAAAACUAAACAUUUUCAAAACAACAAGACCAGCAGAUAGUGAUUUUCUUUUCAAUUUUGUCAAGCAUUUACUUUUUAUGCCCCCGAAGGUGGGCAUAUUAAAAUCGCACCGUCCGUCCGUCCGUCCGGCCGGCCGGCCGGCUCUGUAACUUUCCCUUGUAUGGACAGAUUUUAAAAUAACUUGCCACAUGUGUUCCACAUACCAAGACGACGUGUGGCGUGCAAGACUCGUGUCCCUACCUCAAAGGUCAAGGUCACACUUAGUGUUUAUUCACAAUGGAUUGCUGCAUAUAAGGACAUAGAGUAUAGGUUGUCGUGUCCGGACUGUAACUUUCUCUUGUAUGGACAGAUUUUAAAAUAACUUGCCACAUGUGUACCACAUACCAAGACGACGUGUCGCGUGCAAGACCCGUGUCACUACCUCAAAGGUCAAGGUCACACUUAGUGUUUAUUCACAAUGGAGUGCUGCAUAUAAGGACAUAGAGUAUAGGUUGUCGUGUCCGGGCUGUAACUUUCUCUUGUAUGGACAGAUUUUAAAAUAACUUGCCACAUGUGUUCCACAUACCAAGAUGAGGUGUCGCGUGCAAGACCCGUGUCACUACCUCAAAGGUCAAGGUCACACUUAGUGUUUAUUUACAAUGGAGUGCUGCAUAUAAGGACAUAGAGUAUAGGUUGUCGUGUCCGGGCUGUAACUUUCCCUUGUAUGGACAGAUUUUAAAAUAACUUGCCAAAUGUGUUCCACAUACCAAGACGACGUGUCGCGUGCAAAACCCGUGUCCCUACCUCAAAGGUCAAGGUCACACUUAGUGUUUAUUCACAAUGGAGUGCUGCAUAUAAGGACAUAGAGUAUAGGUUGUCAUGUCCGGGCUGUAACUUUCUCUUGUAUGGACAGAUUUUAAAAUAACUUGCCACAUGUGUUCCACAUACCAAGACGACGUGUCGCGUGCAAGACCCGUGUCCCUACCUCAAAGGUCAAGGUCACACUUAGUGUUUAUUUGCAAUGGAGUGCUGCAUAUAAGGACAUAGAGUAUAGGUUGUCGUGUCCGGGCUGUAACUUUCCCUUGUAUGGACAGAUUUUAAAAUAACUUGCCAAAUGUGUUCCACAUACCAAGACGACGUGUCGCGUGCAAGACCCGUGUUCCUACCUCAAAGGUCAAGGUCACACUUAGUGUUUAUUUACAAUGGAGUGCUGCAUAUAAGGACAUAGAGUAUAGGUUGUCGUGUCCGGGCUGUAACUUUCCCUUGUAUGGACAGAUUUUAAAAUAACUUGCCACAUGUGUUCCACAUACCAAGACGACGUGUCGCGUGCAAAACCCGUGUCCCUACCUCAAAGGUCAAGGUCACACUUAGUGUUUAUUCACAAUGGAGUGCUGCAUAUAAGGACAUAGAGUAUAGGUUGUCAUGUCCGGGCUGUAACUUUCUCUUGUAUGGACAGAUUUUAAAAUAACUUGCCACAUGUGUUCCACAUACCAAGACGACGUGUCGCGUGCAAGACCCGUGUCCCUACCUCAAAGGUCAAGGUCACACUUAGUGUUUAUUUGCAAUGGAGUGCUGCAUAUAAGGACAUAGAGUAUAGGUUGUCGUGUCCGGGCUGUAACUUUCCCUUGUAUGGACAGAUUUUAAAAUAACUUGCCAAAUGUGUUCCACAUACCAAGACGACGUGUCGCGUGCAAGACCCGUGUUCCUACCUCAAAGGUCAAGGUCACACUUAGUGUUUAUUUACAAUGGAGUGCUGCAUAUAAGGACAUAGAGUAUAGGUUGUCGUGUCCGGGCUGUAACUUUCCCUUGUAUGGACAGAUUUUAAAAUAACUUGCCAAAUGUGUUCCACAUACCAAGACGACGUGUCGCGUGCAAAACCCGUGUCCCUACCUCAAAGGUCAAGGUCACACUUAGUGUUUAUUCACAAUGGAGUGCUGCAUAUAAGGACAUAGAGUAUAGGUUGUCAUGUCCGGGCUGUAACUUUCUCUUGUAUGGACAGAUUUUAAAAUAACUUGCCACAUGUGUUCCACAUACCAAGACGACGUGUCGCGUGCAAGACCCGUGUCCCUACCUCAAAGGUCAAGGUCACACUUAGUGUUUAUUUGCAAUGGAGUGCUGCAUAUAAGGACAUAGAGUAUAGGUUGUCGUGUCCGGGCUGUAACUUUCCCUUGUAUGGACAGAUUUUAAAAUAACUUGCCAAAUGUGUUCCACAUACCAAGACGACGUGUCGCGUGCAAGACCCGUGUUCCUACCUCAAAGGUCAAGGUCACACUUAGUGUUUAUUCACAAUGGAGUGCUGCAUAUAAGGACAUAGAGUAUAGGUUGUCGUGUCCGGGCUGUAACUUUUUCUUGUAUGGACAGAUUUUAAAAUAACUUGCCACAUGUGUUUCACAUACCAAGACGACGUGUCGCGUGCAAGACCCGUGUCCCCACCUCAAAGGUCAAGGUCACACUUAGUGUUUAUUUACAAUGGAGUGCUGCAUAUAAGGACAUAGAGUAUAGGUUGUCGUGUCCGGGCUGUAACUUUCCCUUGUAUGGACAGAUUUUAAAAUAACUUGCCACAUGUGUUCCACAUACCAAGACGACGUGUCGCGUGCAAGACCCGUGUCCCUACCUCAAAGGUCAAGGUCACACUUAGUGUUUAUUCACAAUGGAGUGCUGCAUAUAAGGACAUAGAGUAUAGGUUGUUGUGUCCGGGCUGUUACUUUCUCUUGUAUGGACAGAUUUUAAAAUAACUUGCCACAUGUGUUCCACAUACCAAGAUGACGUGUCGCGUGCAAGACCCGUGUCCCUGCCUCAAAGGUCAAGGUCACACAUAGUGUUUAUUCACAAUGGAGUGCUGCAUAUAAGGACAUAGACUAUAGGUUGUCGUGUCCAGGCUGUAACUUUCCCUUGUAUGGACAGAUUUUAAAAUAACUUGCCACAUGUGUUCCACAUACCAAGACGACGUGUCGCGUGCAAGACCCGUGUCCCUACCUCAAAGGUCAAGGUCACACUUAGAGUUUAUUCACAAUGGAGUGCUGCAUACAAGGACAUAGGGUAUAGGUUGUCGUGUCCGGGCUGUAACUUUCUCUUGUAUGGACAGAUUUUAAAAUAACUUGCUACAUGUGUUCCACAUACGAAGAUGACGUGUCGUGUGCAAGACCCAUGUCCCUACCUCUAAGGUGAAAGAUACACUAAGUGUUUAUUCACAAGGGAAUUCUGAAUAUAAGGACAUAACAGUGUAGGUUGUCAAGUAUGGGUGGUAUUUUUUUAUGUUCAGAGGCAAUUUAAAAUAACUUGCCAUAUGUAUUUGGCACGUAAAGGCAAGAUCAACUUUUCAUGUACUGACCUUGUUCAUAGGUCAAUGUCACAUUCGGGGGCAUUCGUCACAUACUGUGACAGCUCUUGUUGAUGACUGUAUUGCAAACUUGAUUUUAAAAUUCUCUACCAUUUUGUCAAAAUUGCUGUAAAUGUUAUAGAUUAUAUUAUAAUGUACUGGUGACCUGGUUAGUUUAUACUAAUUUAUUUCAACAGCUAUUCUAGCUGAUAUGAAUCACUCUCUAGUCCAUCACCUGGGAAGAAACCAACACUGAUGUCUGGGCCAAGAGAAUGUCCACAACCUCUUGGGCGAUAGACAGACACCUAUACCACUAGACCAUUCUCACCCUUAGAUAUGUGGUUGGUUCAGGCCCAUUCCAGGAUGCUUGCCAUGAAUAUCACUUUCUAUGGUCCAUAAAAUGGGAUGUACAGCUCAUUAUCAGUCAGUAACUGUAUAUAACUAUUUUCUCAUUUGAGCUCAAAUAAAUUAGUAUCAACUACCGUAUUAUCUAUAUACACAUGUAAAUGUGUUCAACAAUUUAUUUAUCAGACUAAUUAUCAAAAUGUAGUGAACUAAAAACCAAUCUUCCCGCACCUGCUUAAACAUGUUAGUCAAAAAUGGGCCCUGGUCUGAAUACUUGCUCCCACUGGUGUCCAUCUGUAUUUUAUGUCUCAGCCAUAGCAUAGUUAAUAAAAAUGGGAUUUCAAUCAAACAUAUCUUAAUUGUAGAACAUCAUGAAAAGAUGUGUCAGGCAAAACAUGAAUGCUUUCAACUCAAACGUAGUCAUGCAAAAAUGGAGGUGAAAGCAACUCCAUUGUGAUGCUUUUUGUGUCAACUAUAAUAUAGCAAAUCAAACAUCACAAAUUUGUAGAGAGCAUCAGGGGACGGUUUGUCACCUGUCAGCUUAAAGAUGACAAUUUGUCAUAAUGUAACUUUAUCUACAUGACAUUGUUAUGUUUCGUAAGAGUUAUUUACCUUUGACUAUUUGCUUUGAAUAGACUGUGAUGGUACCUUAGGUAGCGCUACAAAUAUAUUUCUGAAUUAUGUAAAACAGAAAAGUUCACUGUUUUCAAAUUCAAUUGUAAUAAAAACACAAAACAAACAUUUUAGCUUCAGAUAAUGAUCUUUUUAAAGAACGUUUUAAAACUAAUUAAAUGAUGACUAGUUUUAAAACACUUUUGCAUGUAUUUUUGACAAAUUAUGUUUUUUCUAUUACUCUGUUUUGAUCUCUUUGUUUUUAAAGAAAGACAAUAAAAGCAGUUCAGGUUUUGACAUGGGCACUCUAUGAAGUUAUCAACACAAGUUUAAUGAAAUUUCAUCUUUUAUGAUCUUCAACCGUUAACUUUCCUCAUAAUCAGUUUUUAACAUUAGUUUGGAUUAAGGUGUCUGCUGUACAAAUAUGGGAAUUUUAGAUGCCUGGUGACUCCAUAUUAAUUGGUUUCAUUUGAAGGGUUUUAUGAGUAGAAAAGUAAUAUGAAAAAUUGUCCUGAAAAAUACAGAACACACACACUUGCAAAAUUAGUAAUUACACAUUUCAAUUUCAGUUGAAAUGAAUAACAAAAAUACAUAUUGCAUUCACUUUUAUCUGUAAUAGUUUUUCUGUCAUUUAUUUUACCUAAGUAAUCAGUGAGCAAUUCACUUUCAAGUGAAACCAAAAUGGGGUCACGAGACAUCAAACAUUAACAUUAUUAGUUAUUAUUAAUGAUAUGACAAGCUCAAUGUCCAUCGGAUACCUUAACUUAGGUUUAGGAGUUGGUUCGCAGAUAAUGUUAAGUAGUAAUUGUAGCCCAGAGCAAAAGGACACUAAACAAAAAUGCAUAAAACAACUGUAAUGUCAUUAAACACCUCACGAUUAAUGUAUAUAUAUAUAUUUUAGGUUAAUUGUUGCUUUUCUUAAUGUUUUACCACCUACAUUUUAGGAGGAAAUCCCCAACCACACAUGCAAAAUGUUUGUCAAAACAAAAAAAUGAUAAAAGCUUUGCCUGAACCAACUAUUGAUUGUUGUGUUUUUGAUAUUA